CCGCGGGCCAAUUGAAAGGAAUCCCCUGACUGUGCAAACCGAGCGCACCCGCUGACAUUUUCCAAACAGUGUUGGUUUCUAGUAGCAACGCCUGCCAAACAGAAGAGAAGAAAGAUGGUCCUGAUCACAGAAGACAUGGUACGACGUCGGGCAGAGCAUAACAACUGCGAGAUCCUUUCCUUAGAGGAGGUGUCUUUGCAUCAACAAGAUAUUGAGAAAAUAGAACACAUUGAUAAGUGGUGCAUGGACCUCAAAAUUCUGUAUCUUCAAAACAAUCUCAUUCCCAGAAUAGAAAAUGUAUAUAGAUUGAAAAAGUUGGAGUAUCUAAACCUUGCUUUGAACAACGUUGAACUGAUCGAAAACCUGGAAGGAUGUGAGAGUCUCCAGAAGCUGGACCUGACAGUGAAUUUUGUGGGCCGGUUGAGCAGUGUGAAGUCAUUGAAGAACAACCUCCAUCUCCGAGAGCUUUUCCUGGUGGGGAACCCCUGCACUGAGUUUGAGGGCUACAGGCAAUACGUUGUGGCUUCACUGCCCCAACUGAAGUAUCUGGAUGGGAAAGAGAUUGGCAGAUCGGAAAGGAUCCGAGCCAGACAAGGCCUAGAUGAGGUAAGGAGGCGGAUUUGGCAUCAGGAGCAGGAUUACCUGCAGAAGAGAGCGAGUGAGAAAGAGGAGGCCCAGAGAGAGGGAGGAGAGGUGCAGCGGGGGCCGAAAAGGGAAAGCCGUUCCUCUGUUAAAGUGAAGAAUCCUGGCUUUGAUGGUCGCUGGUAUACUGACAUCAACAACACCAUCCCUGUGCAUGAAGAAAACAAGGAGAUCCAAGGGAGAGAGGAGAAAGAGAAGACGAGCUGCCUUUCUUCAGAAGACCAGGAGAGGGAGUUUUGGGAGAAACCUUGUGCCUAUACUCCAGAGUCACGCCUGGAGGCUCACCGCCACCUUGACGAGAAGAAAAAGGCAAAAGAAAGGAAGGCUGUGAAGACGCCCAAGGCCCCGAGGACUCUGAUCACACCCGAUGGACGGGUGAUGAAUAUCAAUGAACCCAAGCUGGAUUUCAAUCUCACAGAAGAUGGGGACAAUAACACCAUUGUCUUGGAUCUGGAAGUCUACAGGCAUAUGGACACUUCCCUGAUGGAUGUUGAUGUUCAACCAACGUACGCCCGAGUGACUGUCAAAGGAAAGAUUUUUCAGCUGGUGCUGCCCGCAGAAGUGAGGCCUGACAGCUCGACAGCGAAGAGGUCCCAAAUCACCGGCCACUUGGUCCUCACAAUGCCAAAGGCUCAGGGUGAAAUCAAAAUGACAACCCCUCAUCCUCCCAAAGUUUCUCAAAGCAGCAACGCACCUGAAGAGAAGACAAGGAAAGGUAACAACCGGCAGAGGUUGGAGGUGGAUCCCAGUAAACACUCAGGGGUCGACUUGGCCAACAUUGUCCCACGAGAGAACAGGGCUGGAGAGCAGACCAUCUUUUAUGAUAACUUUGUGGACGACCCAGACGUUCCCCCUUUGAUGUGAGAGUGAAAAUCUAAAAUCGGUCUGACAAAUUUGUGAACACACAAAUCUUCAUAUCAUCUGAUAUCAAUGUAAAACAUAUUUAAUACAGUAAAUGCAAGAUUUGUCUAUCCAGCAGAUCUCUUUGAAUAUUGUGCAAGUGAGAGAUGCUCAUAGAUGUCAGUACAGUAUAUCAUUGUGUAUUGUUAUGAUGGUCGUACAAGAAACCCUCCUGAAUGUGUGUUUAGUUACUCUGUGGUCCAUUUUUAUUUGAACUGAGUUAUAUCCUUUCCUGUUUACAUUGGUGAUGUUCCCUACAUAAAAAAAUAAUAUAGUUUAGUA